GGGAUCGGGCGCCUGUGCAGUGAGCCGGCCUGUUUCGAAGCGUUCAAGAGGCGAUUUACGAGGUGUUUCCUUGGCGUUUUUGCAGGUCCGCAACCCAAACAUCCGUGAUUGGUCGGUCAGCCAGCCAUGGUGAAGAUCGAGCGGAUCUCUGUCGGCGCGCAACGGUGUGGAGAGGGUCCGCACUGGCUCGAGGACACCCAGUCGCUCGUCUACGUCGACAUAGUCGGCCAGAACAUCCUACGGUGGGACGAACGGCUUCAGAAGGAGACCAAGAUUCAAAUAGAGUCUGACACACCUUCACGCAGCCCGAUCGCCGGCUUCACCACCCUGGUAGUGCCCAUACAGGGCCAGGCGGACACCUACGUCAUCGCCAGGGGCAACAGCUUGGCCACCCUGCAAUGGGACGGCUGUUCGCAGGCGCGCACCGUCCGGGAGUUUGUCCGUGUCGAACAGGACCUGUCGUUCCCAACGCGCUUCAACGACGGCAAAUGCGAUCCGCAGGGAAAUCUGUGGGCAGGAACGAUGGGUUCGGAGACUGCGCCCGGUGUCUUGGCGCCAGGGGUGGGCUCAAUCUACUCGUUCAGCUCCCGCGACGGCAGCGCCACCAAGCGGUACGGCGACAUCACUUUAUCCAACGGGAUGGCCUGGAGCGCAGACGGCUCGCGCUUCUUCUUCAUCGACACUACCGCGAUGAGCGUGGACGUGUUCGACUACGAUAUGAACAACACAGCUAUCAGUAACCGGCGUCCCGUGUUCGACUUGGCCGCCACCCGCACGCCCGGCCUGCCGGACGGUAUGACCAUCGACACGCAGGGCCGCCUGUGGGUGGCGCUCUUCUUCGGCGGCACGGUGAUCUGCUUGGACCCCAGCACGGGCCAGAUCGUGGACCGGGUGCACAUGCCGGCCACCAACAUCACCUCCUGCGCGUUCGGCGGCCCCAGCUUCGACACGCUUUACGUGACCUCGGCCACGGAGGGUCUGACUCCGUGGCAGAUGAAGGCCCAGCCUGACGCUGGCGCCACUUUCAAGGUCACUGGACUGGGAGCACGAGGAUUGCCCGGCGUUAGCUGGCGCGUGGACCACGAGGCGCUGCGCACGCUGUGAUGCAGUCCACCCGGGCCUUGCAUGCGCGGCUCGUAGUGGUCGCUCAGACUCCGGCGUUGCAUAGAUCACGGCGCCAGCUAAAAUUUUGCAGGUUUUGAACAGCCCGCGACAUUCUGGGUAGCAUCGGCAGAGCGCGGUUUGCAUGCCAGCGCGCUUGGAUGUAGAAGCGUGGUAAGUGUGGCACGUGGCACAUUAGCGACGCCACACAGUGGCGUUCUAGAGUUAAGUGUGCACGAAUAUAAACUCUGUCACCAAGACGGUUUUUCUUUUUAGGACGUGCUCGGAAGUUUCAAAUGGCAGCCAUACAUGCACAGGCUGGACGUAAUAAACUGUAUUAUCUGCUUUGCACUAUCAUAUGGGGAUUAUCACCAUUACUUACACACAACUGCCGCGAGAACAUUUCGUGCCGCAGCACGGAUGCGUUCAAGACGCAGCCAUUUCUUUUGUUGCAUUCGGUACGAAGCGACUGCAAUGAGGCAACUCGGCCCGAAACCUGCCCUCGUUUUUGGUAACAUCCAUAGCUCACC